AUGGCAGCACUCACCGAUGAUGCUGACUACGAUUCCGGCGAAACGUUUAGGAAUGUACCAAGUCCAAGAUCUGAUGUUGGGACUCGUGACAACUAUUAUGGCAGACGACUACGGACCAGGUGCGUUCUACAUAGUCGCCAUGACAACAAGACCAAGUUGCGACAACGAGCACCGUUUCAGCCCAACUCGUCACCAUCCCAGUCAAGCGGGACUCGAACUCACAGCCUUUCUGUUCAAACCGUCAGACACAAAUUCCGGCUUACCGUAUUCGCAGCGCGGACCCGAGUAGCCUUUGGGACAGUUGCAGUGCACCUUCUCUCUGUUCUCGUAGCAGAUGCCUCCGUUCAGGCAGUGACUUGUCUGCAGAUGCGGGCUGCAAUUGGCCUCUGGACGCAGGAUUGUGGAUGUGGACAGGGCGCAGGGAAGCACAAAUUGGCAUAG